AGGAGGAGGAGGAGGAGGAGGGAGAGCCUAAGGGACCCAUCACACACCUGGCACCGGCUGCAGCCUGGCACCAUGGAGAGGAAGAUAGCCAGAGAGUUCCGGCACAAGGUAGAGAAAUGCAUCGACAAUGAGGCAGAGAAGGACUAUCUGUACGACGUGCUGCGCAUGUACUAUCAGUCUAUGAACCUCCCAGUUUUUGUGGGGGACCUGAAACUGGUGAUCAGUGACCCCUCCCGGCUGCCGCUGUUUGACGCCAUUCGCCCGCUGAUUCCGUUAAAACAUCAAGUGGAAUAUGAUCAGCUGACACCGAAACGGUCACGGAAGCUGAGGGAGGUGAAACUGGACCGGACUCACCCCGAUGGGCUGGGACUGAGUAUGAGGGGGGGCCUGGAGUUUAACUGUGGUCUCUUCAUCUCACACAUCAUGAAGGAAGGACAAGCGGACAAUACGGGGCUCCAGAUCGGGGACGAGUUGGUUCGGAUCAAUGGAUUCUCCAUCGCCUCCUGCACUCACGAGGAAGUGAUCAAUCUCAUCCGCACUAAGAAGAUUGUGUCCAUUAAAGUCAGACACGUUGGCAUGAUCCCAGUGAAAAGUCGUGAGGAUGAGCCCCUGAAGUGGCAGUACUCGGACCAGUUUGUGUCGGAAAGCGCAGAUGGCAAGAGCAGCGUGGCAGGACUGGCAUCGGCUGGCGGAAGGGAAAUGAAGGAGAAGAAAGUGUUUAUCAGCCUCGUGGGCACAACAGGAAUGGGCUGCAGCAUCUCCAGCGGCCCCUCCCAGAAACCGGGCAUCUUUAUCAGCAACGUCAAACCGGGAUCCUUGUCUGCGGAGGUGGGACUAGAGGUCGGAGAUCAAAUAGUGGAAGUAAAUGGAGAGGAUUUCACUAACCUUGAUCAUAAACAGGCAGUGAAAGUGUUAAAGGGGAGCCGCAGUCUGACGAUCACCGUGGUGGCAGGAGCCGGGCGGGAGUUGUUCAUGACGGAAGACGAGAGACUGACAGAGCAACGGAGGCGGGAACUGGAGCGCCAGGAACUCCUGCGCCAGAAGAAACUCGCCAUGGAAACCAACAAGAUCGUAAAGGAGCAGCAGGAAAAGGAGCGAAUGAGAAAAAUGGAGAUUUCCCAGAAAGUGGCCGAGGAGGAGGAUCGGUUCCGCCGGGAGAUAGAGAAGAUUUCUUCCCAAGAGGAGAAAAUAAAGAAGGAUUGGGAUGAAGACUGGGGCCCCAAAGAGGAAGCUAAAAGCGUGAAGCCCCCGGGGGCCAAGACACAGCGCAGCCCCCCAGCCAAGAGCAAACCAUUCGGGUGGUUCUAUCGCUACGAAGGGAAAUUUCCCACCCUCCGAAAGAAAGGGAAGGACAGGAAGAAGUCCAAGUCGGACAGUCUGUUUGAGCAGAAGAAGAGUAAGAAGGAGAUGGAGUUUGAGCAGAAACUGGCCCAGGAGAAGGAGGAGAUGCUGGAGAAGGAGAAGCAGCUGAAGAUAAAUCGUCUGGUUCAGGAGGUCUCCGAGACCGAGCGGGAAGACCUGGAGGAGUCGGAGAAGGUUCAGGUUUGGGUGGAACGACUCUGCCAGACGCGGCUGGAACAGAUUUCCUCUGCGGAGAAUGAGAAUCAUGAGGUAGGGGGUGGGCACCCUCCAGCUCCUCCUUCUCCCCCUCCCACCGCCCAACCGCCUUCCAGCUCUACCAUGCGGAGGUUUGUGGGGGGCCUCCAUCUUCCUACCACGGACCUGGAUGAAGUUCAUUCAGUUGAAACGAGUCGCCCCACUAAGCGCAUGGCUCCUCCCCCCCCUUCCCCUCGGCUGCUGUCGGCUUCAUCCCACCAGCCUUCCUCCCCCAACAUCACCUUCAUCAGGAGGAACGCCCCCCCGCCCCCACCGGUGGCCCCAAGGUCUUCCCUUAUCCAGCCCACGUGGAUGCAUUUACCUUCUCCAUCACCGCCACCAGUACCUGCCCCGGCCCAGUCCAUGGGUUCGGCUCGGCCGCCGCUGCCUUUCUCUGAGGAACUGAAGAACUACAGAGGGAGAUCAGCCUUGAGGUCUUCAAACCCGGAACCUUCCUUUCCUCCGAGCCCAAAGGUUGUGAGAAAUGUCUCAGACGCCAGUAAAAUGUCAUCUUCCAGCAUCCCCCUGCAGUUUGCCCCCAGCCCGCCGACCCAGCGCCGCCCAGCGGUACCGAUUCCCUCCAAACCCGUCAUGCUGUCUCCGGACUCUAACUUCCUGCUGAGAGCGGCGCCCAAAGCGGAGCUGCUGCAACCGGAGAUGCUGAAACGGAUGGUGGUUUAUAAUUCGUCGUUUAAAGGCAACAAACUACAAGGCUUCCAGAAGUACGUGGGGGACUUUGAUCCUUACACCAUGUUCACGGCGGAUCAGAUUUGUGGGAAGGACGUCCGGCUGCUGCGAAUAAAGAAGGAGGGGGCGCUGGACCUGGCAGUGGAGGGGGGAAUCGAGUCGCCCAUUGGGAAGAUUGUGGUCUCUGCCGUGUACGAUGGGGGUGCAGCCGACAAACACGGUGGCAUCGUGCAGGGGGACGAGAUUCUGGCCGUUAAUGGGAAGAUACUGACCGACGUGACACUGACGGAGGCUCAGGCAACGCUGACGAAAGCUUGGAACAAGGGAGGGGACUGGAUAGACUUGGUCAUCGCUGUUUCGCCCCCCAAGGAGUAUGAUGAUGAAGUAACGUUAUUUUGAGGAGAAACUGCCAAUCAGGAUCCGCGGAGGAGGGUCUUACUGUGCCGGUUCUGCGGAGGAGGAGCCUAAUUGCUGUAACACAGAAUUCAAUGAGUUUUUCCCGUGAAAUCUCUGCGCUCGGGACGUGAUUUUACCCCAAGAUCAACGCGUUGGAUCAAUAUUAAUGUGCGGAGCUGAUCCAUACGGACUAUUAAUGGGCCCAAUCCCCACAGUACCGGGUCCAACUGUCAUUGUCACAUUCGGUACAUUAAUAAAUAUGGAAAUACCACUAAGGGCCCCAA